UAUCACAAUAAUAAGUUUUGGAACAUUUGAUUUUAUAAGACUGACAAUGAGAUCUUCACUAAAAGCUAAUAAACCUGUUGAAUGUUUGUUACAAAAACAUCAAAAUGCAGAAAAAGCUGCUGAAUUGCACAAUUCAUUCAGAGGACAAUUCCUGUAAGCAUGUAGAAUUGCUGUAUCAACUUUACCAAGGUUUCUAAGUCUUGUAGCAAUAUCUUUAUAAGCCAAACUGCUUUGUUGAAUAGAAAAUAUAAAAAAUAUUUGCUGAUUUUUCAGGCUAUCCAAGAUGUAGGUGAGUUUGUUUCUUUAUCAUUAAACAAAUUCUGAAGCAUUACAUCACUUGCUCACCAAUGGAUCCUCUGCAGUGAUGGGUGCCGUCAAAAUGAAAGUCUAGACAGCUGAUAAAAGCAUCACUCGUCAUUCUUAAAUGAACAUCUUCAUUAACACAAAGUUAUGUGUUUCAAAGAAAAAAGUAUUUAUAUCACUUUUCCCCUCCAAUAAUUCAGAACUAUGCUUCCUGCAGUGAAAAAGUUGUCUUCUGUCAUUACGUUUUCAGACUUUUUGUGCUUUUGUUUGAUGUGUGCAUAUUUCUCUCUUUAUUUGGACUAAAUUAAUUUUUCACUUGGGAAAACUAUAUUAGGGUUGCGUUUUAGCUGUAAGCAACUGUAGUAAACAACAAAUUAAAACUUUAAUGAUGGGCAAACAGCUUUUCACUUCACAAGAUGUUAAUUGAGGAGGACUGGAGACUGGAUUACUUGUGGAUUAUUGUGACGUUGGCAUUCAUUCACUGCUUCACUGCAGACAGUGAACGUGAUGUAAUGCUAAAGUUCUAAAAAAAAUGAUCUGAAAAAGAAACAAAGCUCAAACAUCUUGAACGAACAUCUUGAGGUUUAAUGAAAAAACAUUCAUUUGAGUUCAAGUUGAAUAACCACUAGGAUUCUUUUCGCUUGCUUUUCUUUUUGCUUGCUUUUGUUUCUUUAUUAUAUCACACUAAUUUGUUUGAUGUGGGCAUUGCCAUUUUGUUAGCUUAAUUUCUUGUCAUUUUAUGUUACUGGCAAGAUGUACCAUUCAUUUGUGUUCCUACCAAAUUACUUUUUUUACUCGAUAAAAUAAAUGUUUUUAUAAGCGCAAGCAUUUGAGUGACCAGUAUACAAUCAGGAUGCUCAAAGUUUAUGACCUUAAUGUUUAUUGUGGGUUAGUCACAUAAUCUCUUUGUGUACAGUUGUGUAAUAGAUGUCAUGUCUGAGCUACACAGUGACCUGGCUUUAUCAAGUCGUACAGGUCUUAUGAAUCAGUGUUGUUACUGUUAACUAAAACUAAUAUUUUUAGAAAUUAAAAUGACAGCUUAAAUGAAAAAAGAACAACAUAACUAAAGCAAACAAAAAUAUAUAUAUUUUAUUUUUAAAGAGUAGGUUUAGAGUUUAGUUUUAAGUUUAGCUGAUAGCAGAUUUCCUGAAAUCUAAUUGGCUGUUUACCCUAUUAAAUUUAUUUUUUUAAAGUUUGAUUUUUUUUUUUUUAUUUUUAUUUAUUUAUUAAAGUGGCCAUGAGCAGAUAAUUUUUCUUUGACAGUUUACCCAAAACGGCCUCUAGAAUGUGCUGUUUCUAAUGUUCUUGGUCCUGAAAUAUCAGUACAAGACAUGCCUUUAUACAUCAUCCGAAAGCCGCAUAAUCCAUGGAUUGUAGUUAGAAAGCAGCAGUCUUAGUGCAACCAAAAACAUUGAAAGUAACAGUCUGUGCAGGUACGUUUGUUAUCGUUUUUUAGAAACACAAAUGAGAGAACAGCUUAUCCACAGCAGCAUGUUAUUUCUGCUGCAUCCAAUUAACCUUCCACUAAUCCAAUGGCUUGUGAAGCCAGCAGUGGAUCAUGGUCCAAUACAGGCUAUCAAAGUGUGGGAAGUCACUCUAGAUGUGCAUGUGAGUAUAAAAAAUAGAUGCUUUAAGAGUAAAAGUGGCACGCAGCAGUACAACUCAGAUACAGAAUCCACAGUGGACAAACAGGCAUCAGCUGUGUUGAGUGCUGCUACGCUCAUUCUUGGAUGCAAAUUUGUGUUGCAUCAGUUGGGAAAUAUACUGCAUUGAUUCCUCGGACAGUAAGAUUACUGUUCAGCACAUGUAACUGUGAAAGGGGAGGGAGGAGUAGAGAGAGAAAGAGAGAGAGAGAGAGAAAGAGACUAAGGGGAUUAGGAGGCUUCUCUCGAAACAGUGCCCAUGCCAUUCAGAGGAUUUUCCGAUGGAAGUCCUUCAUCUUCACUUUGAACUAUUGGUGAAUUCACUAACAGGAGACAGACUGGAUCACAGAGGAAGUCAAGUGAAGAAAAAAUGGGAUAGUUUAGGUUAAAAAAAGAAGCAGCUUCGGUAUGUACAUGGUAAUCAGAAACCAAGGCUGGACUUAAGUGCAACCGGUUCUUGAAGAGCAGAAGAUAUGAUAUCUAAAAAGUUGCCUCUAAAAGAUCUUUAACUUCUGGUACCGGUGGUUUUCUUUACUUCUUACUAUUCUUGCAUCGAUAACUGUUUUUUAGGAUUACCAUUCACUAUGUGACAGUCUCAUACUGGAUCCAACGCCAUUUUUGCUUUUGUGUUCCACUCGUUGGAUAGUUAAAUGGUGCUAAUAACUGAAAAUGGUGUCGCAGGAGGUGUACUUCUGGUCAAAGAUCACCAACAUGGCACUGGCCACAAUCGAGCGAGAGGAUGUAACCACGAGGAGUCCUCCAUACAGAGCUCCACUUGUAUGGAGCCGACAGAGGACUCUUAUUACGCAGAUGAUGAAGAACACCAUCCUUAUGAUGAUGACGACGACGAUGAUAUCUACCAAGAAUUCGAGGAGUUGGACUUUUCAGAGCUACCAGAUACUAAGAGCAUUGCAUCAGAAGAUUCCUUCUACCCACCUGAUGAUUCGCUCAGUCUUGAAAGAUACCCGCAUCAUGAGAGCCCCAAGCCAAUCAGCUUCUUUAAAGCGUGCUGCUCUAACAACGCCAUCAUCGUCAAAAUCAUGAUACGACAAGGUGUGACGGAGGAUGAGGUGCGGGAGAUGGACAAAAAUAAGAGAACGGGUCUGAUAGUGGCGUGUUACCAGGGCUAUGUGGAUGUGGUCAUUGCACUCUCGCAGUGUCCAUAUGUGGACGUGAACUGGCAGGAUAACGAAGGGAAUACGGCUCUCAUGACUGCCGCACAAGCAGGUCACAGUAUGAUUACCAACUACCUGCUGAACUACUUUCCUGGGCUUGACACCGAGCGCAGGAACUGCCAUGGCUUCACUGCAAUGAUGAAAGCUGCCAUGCAAGGUCGAGCCGAAUGCGUACGGUCUCUCAUGAUGACAGGAGGAGACAUCGAAGCAAGGGACUUUGGCCGUAAGCUGACUCCACGGGAAUGGGCCCUGUUCACGGGCCGCUACGAGACCAUCAGACUGAUAGACAGGCUGAUGGAGCAGCCGUGUGCCGAACAGUUCUGUGACUCUUACCACAUGGAGUGGCCUGUGCUAAACGAGCUGGUAGCUCGUUCAAAGGAACCCAAGUCCUGCUGGAGGAAGUUCUCCGAGUGCAUCUGUAACUUGUUUACCAUUAGCACGAAGACCAACCCUGUUGACGAAGGCGCCAUGGACUACAUGGUGCGCAUGACCACAGCGCUGGCCAGCCCGUUCAUAGCCACCUCCUGCCACACCGUGUGUCCGGGCAGCCCUCCCUGUGUGGGCAAACGUCGCCCUGCUGUUCAGGACAUCAUUCGUAAGCAGCGUUUGGCUGAGCUGAAGAACCUCGGGCCAGAGCGCCUCAACAAUUACAAGCGGCUCUUCCAGAACUCCAGGGUGCUGCUGGUCCCGAAGAAGCAGGAGCGGCGUGCCAGUCUGCAGCCGCAAUUACUGCAAAGCGUGGCGAUGGCCUCCACCAUGGCCCUGAGGAGAAGCAGCCUCCUGCCUCUUCACAUGAUGCGCAGGAGCAGCGUGCGUCCUGGGAUGGUGGUUCCUAAAGUCAUGCUGUGCAAAGCACCUUCACCAACAUACAUGCCGGAGCGGCCGCCGCGCAGGACUUCAAAAGACUUAGCGCACCUACAGAUCCCUAAAUGGAAGUACAAAGCUCUGAAGGAGGAGAAGAAGAAAGCUGAACGCAUGGAUAGGUUAAGACUGCCUGUUGGGAGGAAAAAGUGAUGUGAAGUGUUUUUAAGGACGUUUUCUACUGUGAAGGCUUGAGGUCAGUGGAGAGACAGGAAUCUCAUCAUACACUACUCUUUUAGACUGCUAUGGACUAUACAAUAUGGGUUUUAUAACAUGAUACAUUAAGCCGUAAUGAUUCGAAUUUAUAGAAACAGCUAACAAAUUUAAUGUAUAGCUUUUUUUGUUUCGUUAUCUUGAACCAAGUCAUACUUGAAAGUUUAUGCAUACUAAUUUAUAUUUUUUAUAUUGAUCUCAAAAAAUUAAAACAUUAAACAUAACAAUGAAGGACUUACUAAAUACUAUAUUUGGCCUCGACUUGUUUGUUCUCUUCUCUUACACUAUUUAUCUCUUUGUAAAAUGCCUUGAAAAAAAUAUUUUUUUACAUUAGAUAUUCACAGAGAAGCUAUUUCUUGUAAAACGUGAUUCCCGUUUCGUUGCUGCCAUGGAUAAAUAACUAGAAUAACAAUUUGCGGUAACACUAUUUGCACUUCAAACCAGUUAUGAAUGCAAUAAUAAAGUAAAAAUAAAUAAUAAAUACCUGUUUGUAGUUUCAAGCAUUAAAAGAAACUGUUUUGUGCAGCUUUAA